CCGGCGCAGCGCGGCUGGGGGCGGGCGCCGAGCCUGAGCGCGAGUCCUGGGGCCGCUUCGCCCGCGCAACCUCGCUCCGGCCAACCUCGCCUGCCGCAGCCUAGCGGAGCCUCGCCAGCGCCCGCUCCCCGGCUCGGCCUGGGGUGGUCUCCAGGGGCGCGGUUCUGCACGUCUGCGGGGCUGGGCGCGACGGGCUCCAGGAAAGGAGGUGGGUGAUGACAAGGGUCUAGGGCAGGGGGGCCGGCGGCUGUGAUGGGCACCGGUGACUCCUGAGCGCCCUGCCGCCUGCUUUCUGCAGCCCCUUGCGCUUAAAUGACCGCCUUCUCCAGCCCCGUGCAUCUGGCCGCGCGAAAUACUUUCAGUCCAGCCGCAAGUGCUGCCUGUAACAGGGGUAAGGGGCAGGUUUCCGUCCACCCACCAUCCGACCCGGGACCCUGCAGAGCUGGCAAAAGACAGGCCGAGUGGCCUUACGACACCGAGCACACUCGGAUCUUCCAGGCAAGCAAGCGUCGAGGACUAUUUACCCCACCUUUUCCCUUCCUUCCUUCCUUUCUUCCCUUUUUCUUUUUGUUUCUGUUCUUUUCGUUUUCUAUGAAGGGCUGCUGCGCCUCACGUGUGCCUGUGCACUUUGCUUCUUGUUUUGGUCUCCCCGGAUGCGUUUUCCCGGCUGAAGUUUGUUGCUCUUCCCAACAAGUAACAGCUUGCUGCUGAUGAGAAGUUCACUCAGAAAUGAAGGUGCAGAAAGAUAGGAAAGGAAUGCAGGGAAACCAGAUUGUCUGAUUUUAGCCUGCAUUUCGUUGUAAGGGAAUCACCAUCUAUUGCCUAAAGGAGUGAUAUCUUCAUCGCACAGGUUAGGAAAAGAAAAGACCGUUCAUGUGAUUGCCCAGUGAAACAAGCAGUAAGGGAUCACCGUAAAAGAAAGGUUGCUUUCUUUAUAUACAAAACAUUUUAAAUAACAACCUCAAAUCAUAGCAUUGGGGAAAUUGUGGGGAUCUUAAAGUCAAACAGUUCAAUGCCACAUUACAAGUUUGACUAUGUCUUAUUGUCUUUUUGCUGAGAAAUAUUUGUGUCAACUAGAAAUGCUUAAUAGAACCUACGGAGGGUUUAUAGUCCCUGAGGUUUUAGUUUUCUUUCACAUUGGCCUUGCAACAUUAUCAAGAUAGUUUCCCAGUGUGGUGGAUAAGAGUUUGAAGUUAGAAAGACCCGGAUUUCUAUCUGGGCUCUACCACCUAACUUGCUAUGUGACUUCAGACAAGUUGCCUAACCUCUCUGAGCCUAUGUGUCUGCGUUUCUAAAUAAGGCUGCUAAGAGGAUGAAGGGGAUAACAGAAGAUAACACAGAGCACAUCAUCCAGGGACUAUGUAAUAAAUGAUACCUGAAGCUGAUGAUGCUAGAGGCAAACAGGCCUAAUGCUUGCAAUCACUGCAUGCCACUCCUCAUGCAAGAGGGCUCUGCCUGGGCCUCUGUGCGUGGGGAGUAGAGGCGUUGCAUCAGUGCAUGCUUCUGGCUAUGAAAACAUGAGGAGCUACUUUUGAACUCUUGAAUUUGACUCAAACACAUAAAAUCUGUGCUAAAUCUGUUCGGAGUUACCGUGUUCAAUUUAUCUGUGUAGUGUAUUUUGAGAUUCUCUUAUGCUUACACAGUUUCAAAUGAACACAGAACAGAUAUGACGUUGGUUAUUUAAUUAUUGUUUAUUAUUAAAAAUAGUGGUCCUCGGAAGUCACCAUAGUACCUGGCUUAAUAUUGAUUUGGGCAGGUUAAAGGAAGGAACUGUGUCCUGAAGCUCAUUUUUCACUUGGCUGUGUGAGCCACAGACCAGCAUCAUCUGGAGCUUAUUAGAAAUGCAGCCACCCCCCACCUGCAGAAUAAAAUCUGCAUUUUAAUAACCUCCUGGUGGAUUCGUGUGCACUGUCAGUUAGAGAAGCCCUUUCUUAGGAGUCUGAGUGCAUUGAUGUUUCUCAAAAAAAGGCCUUAUGAAAACAAGGAUUUCUCAAAAGCUGUCCUUGCAUAGUAAAGUGAAAAAGAUUCAUUAUAAUCAUUUAAAUGAUUUUUACUUUAACUGUUUAAAACAGCCAAGAGCAGAACUUUCUCUUUAAAAGUAAGAGAGGGCUGACGCCUCAAGCUUUGUUUAAGUUCUGCCAAUUUGAGGUUCUGGUGUUCCUGUUACCUGCUGAAUCAUUUCAGUUUUGAUACUGCUUGGCUUCUUUUCUAGCUCCUCCAAUGAAGCGAAAACUAUGGGUUUGAAGUUCACAGCCCCGUCUGUACUGUGAAGAAUGAGCUUUUUAUGUUUAUCAGUCCUGUUUUAAAAUCUUUUGCUGAGGGUGUAUCCAAAAACUUAAUAGAUGCAUUUAUAUAUCAAUUUUUAUAUGAUACAAAACAAUAACUUAAGUAAGUCAAAUGCAUGGCCGCAAUUAUUAAUGACCUAUAUCCUUAUGUGCAUUUAAGGGUAAACUAUAUAUUACAAUGACGGAAAUGGGAAUUAUUUUGCAUUGUUUUAUAUUUUAAGCUUUCAUACAGGAAGAUACCAUCAAUAUUUGUGGGAGUAAUAUAAUAUUAAUAAUGUAUAUGUAUUUGAGAUGUUAGAGAUAAAGGUUUUAAUUACAUUCUUUUUAAAAAUCAACUUUAUUGAGGUAUAGUUUGCAUACCAUAAAAUACACAGGUUUUAAAUAUACAGUUUAAUGCAUUUUACAGCAUGCAAAUUAUACCUCAAUAAAGUUGGUUUUCCAAAAGAUAACAUGAAGGAUUGCCUAUUGCUAGAAUAGUUCAGAGAAGGUCAAUAGAGAAGGAAAAUGAAGAUUGAUACAUCAGGCAAAGAAAAUGCAUAACCAGGUGAUCCUGGAGGAAUGAGUGAAUGGAAAAAUAAUGUAUGUAAAUUUAGAUGGUUUGAGAUCAUUUUUAUAAGACUUUUUGUCUUUAACGUUAAGAUGCUGAAUUUAAUAUCUGGUCACUGUGAAUCCUGCAGAGCUUUUUGAAGAGAAGGCUAAAAUGAAAAAUAAAACAAAAAACAAUUUUGCUCGGCAGGGUCUGCGGGCACGUUCUGGUUUCCUACUCACAUUCCAAUCUGUGUCUGCCUUUGUGCUCGGCAGACACCAGCAUUCGCCACCAUGCUGUCAUCCAGCGACUUUGCAUCUGCUUCCUGGGAGCUCGUGGUCCACGUUGAUCAUCCCGACGUAGAGGAGCGGAGAGACAUCACGCUGAGAGUGUCCGGAGACCUGCAUGUCGGGGGAGUGAUGCUCAAGUUAGUAGAACAGAUCAACAUACCCCAGGACUGGUCAGACUUUGCUCUUUGGUGGGAACAGAAGCACUGCUGGCUUCUGAAAACCCACUGGACGCUGGACAAAUACGGGGUCCAGGCAGAUGCAAAGCUCCUCUUCACCCCUCAGCACAAAAUGCUUCGCCUUCGCCUGCCGAACGUCAAGACCGUGAGAUUGCGAGUCAGCUUCUCGGCCGUGGUUUUCAGAGCUGUCAGUGAUAUCUGCAAAACCCUGAAUAUUAGAAGAUCAGAAGAACUUUCCUUGUUAAAGCCUUCUGGUGACUAUUUUAAGAAGAAGAAGAAGAAAGACAAAAAUAAUAAGGAACCCAUAAUUGAAGAUAUUCUAAACCUGGAGUGUUCUCCAACAAUUGCAGGUCCACCAGUAAGUCCUGGCUUGUACAGUAAAACCAUGACUCCUACAUACGACCCCAUCAGUGGAACGCCAGCUUCCUCCACUAUGACUUGGUUCAGUGACAGCCCUUUGACGGAACAGAACUGCAGCGUCCUCGCAUUUAGCCAGCCUCCCCAGUCGCCAGAAGCGCUCACCGAUAUGUACCAGCCUCGGUCUCUGGUCGAUAAAGCCAAGCUUAAUGCAGGUUGGCUGGAUUCCUCACGCUCCCUCAUGGAACAAGGCAUCCAAGAAGAUGAGCAAGUGCUGUUACGAUUUAAAUACUACACUUUCUUUGACUUGAAUCCUAAAUACGAUGCUGUCCGGAUAAACCAACUUUAUGAACAAGCCAGGUGGGCCAUUCUCUUAGAAGAAAUCGACUGCACAGAGGAAGAAAUGUUGAUCUUUGCAGCACUACAGUAUCACAUUAGCAAGCUGUCACUGUCCGCUGAAAUACAGGAUUUUACAAAUGAGUCUGAGGUUGACGAAGUGGAAGCAGCUCUUUCUAAUUUGGAAGUGACCCUAGAAGGUGGAAAAGUGGACAACACGUUGGAGGACAUUACUGAUAUCCCUAAGCUUGCAGAUAAUCUCAGAUUAUUUAGGCCCAAGAAGUUAAUAUUAAAAACAUUCAAACAAUAUUGGUUUGUCUUUAAAGACACGUCUAUAGCCUACUUUAAAAAUAAGGAACUUGAACAAGGAGAACCAGUAGAAAAACUAAAUCUUAGAGGCUGUGAAGUCGUGCCAGAUGUCAAUGUAGCAGGGAGAAAAUUUGGAAUCAAAUUACUAAUCCCUGUUGCUGAUGGUAUGAACGAAGUGUAUUUGAGAUGUGACCAUGAGAAUCAAUAUGCCCGGUGGAUGGCUGCCUGCAUCUUGGCAUCGAAGGGCAAAACCAUGGCAGACAGCUCCUACCAGCCAGAGGUCCUCAACAUCCUUUCAUUUCUGAGAAUGAAAAACAGGAACUCUGCAUCUCAGGUGGCUACAAGUCUUGAAAACAUUGACAUGAACCCGGAGUGUUUUGUGUCACCUCGAUGUGCAAAAAAACACAAGUCUAAACAGCUGGCAGCCCGGAUCCUGGAAGCCCACCAGAACGUGGCCCAGAUGCCCCUGGUUGAAGCCAAGCUGCGGUUCAUCCAGGCGUGGCAGUCCCUACCUGAAUUCGGCCUCACCUACUACCUUGUCAGAUUUAAAGGAAGCAAGAAAGAUGACAUCCUCGGAGUCUCCUAUAACAGGUUGAUUAGAAUUGAUGUAGCCACAGGGAUUCCAAUUACAACAUGGAGAUUCACAAACAUGAAACAGUGGAAUGUCAAUUGGGAAAUCCGGCAGGUGGCCAUCGAGUUCGACCAAAACGUCUCCAUUGCGUUCACUUGCCUGAGCGCCGAUUGCAAGGUCGUGCACGAGUACAUCGGUGGCUACAUUUUCUUGUCCACCCGCUCCAAGGACCAGAAUGAAACGCUCGAUGAGGACCUGUUCCACAAAUUGACCGGCGGUCAGGAUUGAAGCAGGAAGUCCCGCUGAGCCCACACAGACAGGGGAAUAUUUCUUCUGUGACUACAACAGCAACGUCCCAAAGGAAUACACAAGUAUGACAAGAAAACCUUAAAUGCUGCUGUUCCAAAGAGCAACCUUAAGGACAUUAUUUUUUUACAUUGAGUACAAAAGGUCAUCUGACUUUCUAUGUUGAAAUUUUAAAUUAAUGUGUGCCUUUCAACAUCAUUUACGUUUUUUAUCUACACUAGAUGCAGAAAUCUGCAUUUGUUAUUAUUUUCUAUGACCUUUUUUUAAGUAAAAGGUUUGUAUGAA